UCGACUACUUUCAACAAUUUGCACGCGAUACUUUUUGUUUUAUAUAAUUUUAAACAAUCAUUUCAUAGAACACAUUGUACAUGUUUACUUGAUCAAUGAAUAUGUAGCGCUGUAAAGCGAUGGGUGAGCAGACAUCACUGGAAAAAUCUGUUGUUAAUACUAGAGGACUUACAUGUGGUUAUAGAAAGAGUAUUAUCACCAUGUACGCACAGCAGAUUGACGAAAAAGUUAUCGCAAACACGCAUGUGGAAUCUGAGGACUUAAGUGAAUUGUCAGAAUCGUCCUCAAAGUUGUCCGAAUCAAAAUCUGAAUCCGGUGGUGUAAAGUCGCCUGAAGCGGAAAAAGAUGGUGUGGAUACGGACAGGACAGAUGAAAAUGUAAACAGAGAACAAAAUAAUAAAUCUCCACUUAUAGCACAUACUACUCCGUUUUCUGUUAUGGACAUUUUAGAUCCUGGAAAAUUUACAGGAUCCACGAGACACGGCGACGGUGGCCAUCUCAUUAACAGGUCACGUGCAAUACAUCCAUGGUUAACUGGCAAAGAUAAAGAGAUGGUUGAUUCAGACGAAGAUAGGCUUAGAGAUGAUUCAGAAUGUGACCUUGACUCCAGCUGCGAGCAUGAUCACCAUGGCGAUGAUAUAGAUGGCGCGUGUAGUGAAAUCAGUGACAUGGACACAAAAGAUGGAAACGAAAUGAAGGGAAAAUUAUCAGAUUCUUCCAAACACGGAAAACCUCGGCGUGCCCGAACAGCAUUUACAUAUGAACAAUUGGUAGCUUUAGAAAACAAGUUUAAAACUACGAGAUAUCUCUCUGUGUGUGAAAGAUUAAAUCUAGCCCUAGCAUUGAACCUCACGGAGACUCAAGUAAAAAUAUGGUUCCAGAACAGACGGACAAAAUGGAAGAAACAAAACCCGGGAAUGGACGUAAACAGCCCGACCAUGCCACCAUCAACCGGAGGUUUAGCUUCAUUGACCUCUCCAUACUCCGGAUUGUUCUACGGGCAAGCCCUACAUCCUUACUUGUCGGCGCCACAUCUUAGUGGGGCUCUUGGAUUACUAAAGGCUCAUCCGGCAUAUCUUGACCAAAAACAUCCGUUAUAUUAUUCAUAUCUGUCACAGUCGAGAUAGCAACGGGAAUAUAUAUAUUUAUUUGUACAUAGUUAAAAUAU